ACUCUUCGUAAAAUCCCAACGACGGAAGGACGUCACAGUGAGUCAUCUCGCUUCUUUAGAAUUAUCUCUGAACCCUUUAAUAUUCCUUGUUUCUUCGCUAACGGACGUUGAUUAUGGCCGCGAUUUUAGUGUUUUUCGUUAAAUAGACUAAACAAUAUGACAGUUUCGAUGGAUCUUGCUUAAGUUUGGCGCAUUUUCUAAGUACAAAGAGGCUCGUUCCUGGGUUGAUAGUAGACGUAGCGUUAUCUGACUUUGCUAGCAUGUGCUAACGCGAGCCGAUUAAGUAAUCUCGCCAAAGUAGCAUUAGCUGUUGGUUCUCGCUUUCUCGUGGCUUCCUCUGUAGCAGUCUCUUUACCGAUUUAGGAAGCUACUUUCCGAGCUAACAUCGCUGUAUUGUUACCCAAAAGCUAAGGCUAACCGAGGCGAUCCUGUUUGAGUUGUGCUUGGUUCGCUUCAAACAGCCACCUGGCAUCAGCUGCUGCCAAAAUGAUGGACUUUGACAACAUAUUGGACAUCGCCUCGCAAAACCAGGGCCUCAGCAACGUGCAGCAGAAGCGGUACAGUUUACAAGCUGGGCCACCCAAAAAGGACCCAAAGUCAAAGGGGGUGAAUCCUGCUGCUGUUCAGGCACUUCUGAAAAAGCAACACAUUGAAACCAGAAAGAAAGAAUUGCAGAAGAAGAAACGGAAAGACGAGCUACUUGCCAAGAGAGUUGAGUUGAAGUCGGAUCGUAAGGCGCGAGCUAUGGCUUCCAGAACUAAGGACAAUUUCAAAGGCUACAACGGCAUCCCAGUGGUGGAGGUCCCUAAGAAGAGGAGGUCAAAACUAGACAUGCAGGAUUCAGAUGACAUGCGAUCUGAACAUUUCAGAAAUGACUCAAUUGAUCCAGAGGACGAUGAGGAUAAUUAUGAGUAUGAUGAGUCUGACUCGGAGCAAGAGCAUCAGCCAGAGUUCCAAGCAAUGAGACCAGGGAAAAACACAUGUGAUAGUGGGAGUAGUAGUAAUGUUCACAAACAUUCCUCCAAAAUAGCCAGCGGACAACCGAAGCCCGCUCCCCCUCCGAUGAACUUUGCCGAUUUGCUCAGACUUGCAGAAAAGAAGCAGUUUGAGCCAGUUGAGGUAAAACCAAAGGCAGUGAGAAAGGAAGAGAGGCUUCGCACGGCUGAUGAGAUAAAGGAACUGGAGAUGGAACGGAAGGCAAAGAGACAAGACAAAGAUCGUGACUUAAAGGUAGACAGAGAGAGAGACAAUAAGGCUCAGCUUAGCUCUAGUUCCAUGAGAAAAAGCAUGUUAGAAAAGGAGUCCAAGAACUGUAAACCACAAAAAGGCUCCUCUGAAAAGCCAAAUGGGAAGAGGUUGCUUCCAGCACAGACAAGCAAUAGAGGCCAGUCUACGUCUAAGCCCAGCGUUAGUGACCGGGAUAGACCCAAGACAUCUCAUACUGAUAGAGACAGAUCCAAGAUGAGCUUGUCUAGUUCAUCGGGUGCCAUAAAUAGUAAAAUGUCUUCAAAAGCCACAUCUUCUCAGGUUUCAACCAAACAAGGGGCUUCCAAGCCCUCAUCUAGCCACAAAUCCAGCACCUCAAGUGACCUUAGCUUCAAAAAAGAAAGCCCAUCAUUGCUUCAAGGAAGAGCCUCAGGUACUCCUGGGAACAGGCCUCUUGGAACAGCGGGAAGAGGCCAGAAGUCUCAACAGGCCCAACAGGUCAGGCCAGCUCAAGGUAACUCCCUAAAGCAGGGACCUGUAGUUGGAGGCUCCAUGUCUGCAAGGGGAGAACCACUAAGACCCGGAGUGAAUUCAGUUGUUAAAUCGGGUGGUGGUUCUAUGGUAAGAUCGUCCAUGGGGGGCCCACCAAAGGCAGGGAACCAAGCUCAGGCAAGGCCCGGAGGCACACUCCAGCCAAAAGCUUGUGUCGCACAGGCCAGGCCUGGUGGGAAUCGUCCUCAGGGCCACCCACUGGGUGGUGGAUCCCGACCAACAGGGGUUGGACCUGGUCGUCCUGGUAGCGGGGGACUACUACCUGGACGACCGAUGGGCAGCAUGGGAUCAGGACCCGGAAGACCACAGUGCACUGUGGUGUCAGAGACUAUCUCCUCCAGGAAUGUUGGAGGACCCAGACCUGGGGCCCCUCCUAGGCCAGGCAUGCCACAGAGACCUGGGAUGGCACCGAGGCCCGGUGUACCACCCCGACCUAUGAUGAACAGACCCCCUGGUACAAUGUUGCCACCCAUCACAAUUGCCUACAAGAGGAAAUAUGAGGAAAUGGAGGAGUACGACUCAGAAAUGGAAGAUUUUAUUGAUGAUGAAGGUGAAGAGCCAGAGGAAAUUUCCAGACACAUUAAGGAAAUCUUUGGCUAUGAUCGAAAUAAAUACAAUGACGAGAGUGACUAUGCACUUAAAUUCAUGGAGAGCAGCUGGAAAGAUGUGCAGAAAGAAGAGGCCAGGAGCCUGAGAAUGGCUGUGCAAGAAGACUUGGAGGAGGAGAGAAGAGAGCAAGAGGAACUAAAAAUUAAAACUGUCAAGAGGAAAAAAUAGGACUGAAGCUGUCUUCACACAGAUGAACACUCACAUCAUGUCCCACCUGGCCCCUGUUGCGUGCUUUGGAAUUCUUCCUAUGUUUGGACCUGUGACCUUGGCUCAAGAGGAAAUGAUUAGGAGAAUUUCAGUCAGACAGGCUGCAAAUUGUCCAAAAAUAUGCACAAAUUGUUCAAACAUUAGAUUGUUUGAAUAUUAUCAAGUUCUCACCUUCUUGUUAUAUUAUUUAUUCACAUUGUCAGCAAAGUCGAUUUCUAAAAGAAACUGAACCACGAAGAGAACUCUAAACAUAGAAUGAGUUUCUUUUGUCAAGUGUUAAUGACGUGCUAUUUUUGAGCAGAUGAUGCAUAUUUUUCCACACAAACUUUAAACGUAAAGUUGAAUAUGCAGGAAACAUUACUUGAUGUGCUGUGCGUUUGUCUUUAAAGGAUGACAAAAUAUUGCAUAAAGACUUUUAUUUAAGUGA